UUAAAAUACUUUUCUACAUAUAUAUAAAUUAACUUAUAUGGACGAUCCGAAACAAUUUAAUUUUCUCCGCACAAUACUAGUAAAUAAAUGUCAUAACCAAAAAAAACUCCAGAAGCUUUUUUCAAAUAAAUCCACAGUUCUUACAACUUACCGUUGUAUUGACCUUCCAUCUUAAGAGAUAAUAUAGAGGAUAAUAAGAUUAAACUACUAGACAAAAAUAUCUAAUAAUAUAUAACAGAUUCUCUAAAAAUACAUCUAAAAAGACGAAGAAAUGGAAAAGUUUAAAAACGGAAAUUAAGAUUUAUAUUUUUUUAAAUUACUAGACUUUACUGAAAGAGGAAAAGGAAAAAAUUUCGUUGAAGAAUAUUUCGAUAUAUCCAUAAAUGGACUAGAAAAUUAAAUAUAAGAAAACGCAAAUUUUGGUAAUGAAUCUAUGGAAAAAAUGAAGGAAAAUGCUUAAAUUAAAUGGAAAUAAUUAUAUUCUUAAUUAAUGAAUAGAAUGGAAGGUUAAGCUUUUAUAGAAAUCGAAUAAAGGGAAUUCUCACCUAAAAUUUCAAAGGUUUUAUAAGAAAAAUUCAAAAAUAAUCUUGGUCUUUGUAUGGAAUUUAUUCUUUAAGACACUAAUGCCUAAAUACACCAGAUUUUAUUUUAUUACUGUCAGGUUUUUGCAUAAAUGGAGAAUAUAGAAGAAGAAGAUAUUAUUAAUUUUAUAAUAACUUUGUCAAAUUUAGAUGUAAAUAAAACUUAUUUUUUUAAUUAUAGAUCCGAAUAUGCUAAAAAAUAAAAUAUAGACUAAAAAUUCACAUUCGAACUUAAAAUUUUGAGUGAUUUAGCUAAAUUAGGAAUGAUAAAAGAAUUUGAUCUUGGAUAAUAAAAAAAAGUUUUCGGAAUAACACCUUUAAUAUGGUAAUUUUGUUAUAGGAGUAUAGACAUAAAAACAAUAAACGCAAAAAUAAUUGUGGAAACAAAUUUUAAUCUAUAUGCAUAUUUAGAUUAUAAUCCGUAAAAUAAAACAUUUUCAGAAUCUAAAUAUAUAAGAGAUUUAUUAAAAAAAUUCAGUAAAAUACAUUAUACAUUCCCACAUUUAAUAGUGGCUUAAUUAACAGAAGCGAAAAUGAAAUAAGCUUUUAAUUAAGGAAUUACAUCUAAAUUGUUAAUAGAAUUUUUUCAUAAAACUAGUGACGCGAAACUAAAAAAAUAUUUAAAAGAUAAAUAAAUGAGUGCAAUUAAACUUACUUAAAGUUUAAAUCUAAAUAAAAAGAAAUUAGAUUUUCUUUAACUAUUUUAAAAGAAAGAAGAGGAUUUUUCAUUAGUACCUGAUAAUAUUAUACAAGAAAUAUAAACUUGGGAAAAAGAAAAAGAUAAAUAACCAGAAUAAUUAGACGAUAUUGACGAGGAUUGAAUAUAUAAAUAAAAAGAA